UAUCUGUUUUACUGGUUGUAUUGUAAUCCGAGACCCUAAUAAAAUAGUCACACCACAAUAACAAAGUACCUCAAAUCAGCAAACUGCUAUCAAUUGUUAUCUUUCUAGGACGUCGAUAAAAAGCAAUGUGACGUCACAGGUGCUCAAUCUUCAAACUACUGGGUUCGAUGUGACGUCACUGGAGGAGAAUAUCACUUUCACCAUACCUCAUUAUCCGGAUACGACCAAGCCCGAGAAUGCAUCGUUCGUAUGUUCAUUCUACGACCCUGCCUUGAAGAGCUUUUCGAACGAGGGAUGCAUCCGGGUACCAAGCCAGAGCAGUGACCAAUCAACAACGUGUUCGUGUAAUCACAUGACCAGCUUUGCUAUUCUCAUGGCAGUCACAGAUGUAUCGAUUUCCCGUCGCAAUGCGUUUGCUUUGGAUGUGAUCUCCUAUAUCGGUUGUGGUCUAUCAAUUAUUGCACUCAUCUUUUCACUCAUUGUCCUCGGCGUUACUAGAUUGAAGACAAUUCGUGUUCGGAUCCUGACCAAUCAGUGUGUCGCCAUGUUACUCGCUCAAAGUUUGUUCAUCUCUUUGGUCGAGAAUGCUUCAAGCAACAAGGUGGCUUGCAAAGUGGUGGCCGCCCUCCUCCAUUUUUUCUUCCUCGCUGUUAUCUCCUGGAUGUUUGUUCAAGGAGUGUACAUAUAUAGCAAGACCAGCUUGUUACACAAAGGAAUCAUCCCUCUCAAAUACUUCAUCAUCGUUGGAUGGGGUGUACCAUGUGUUAUUGUUGGUGCCACUGCUGCAAUAAAUAUUAACUUUUACGGCAUGGAAGGCAUCUGUUGGUUGAACAAAAAGAAUGGAGGAAUUUGGAUAUUUGUGGUUCCAGCUCUCAUCAUUGCAUUGAUGAAUUGUGUUGUAAUGAUAUUAACUGUGAAGGUUCUAAGAUCAGUGAAGGUGUUCCAGAAUAAGACAGAUAAAGAAAAGAUCAAGUCAACCUUAAAGGCGAUGAUUGUGAUUCUACCCAUCCUAGGUGUGACCUGGUUGACAGGUGUAUUAGUUAAUAUAUCAGUCAUCUUUAGUUAUGUCUUUGCCAUCUCCAACGCAUUCCAAGGCGUGCUCAUCUUCAUCAUGCAGAUCUUCAUCAACGCCGAGAUCCGGUCUGCACUGCGCCUGCGCAAGAGUCGUAUCUUGCCGUUCAAUACCUCAUUGGUCGGGGAUAAUUCGGCUAGGAGCAACCACUCCAGUAGGGGCAAAGAUGUUACGAAAUCAACAAUCAACACGACGCAAACUGGUGUAGGCUUGCAUUCCAUAAGUGGCAGUGGUCCAAGUAUGGUUGGUGAACCAUUACCAGCUGCGCAAUGAGGUGGAUCCAUUUAAUAUAGUUUCUGCUCAUCGUGACGGAUAUGCUGAAAUUCGCAAUAAUUUCAUCCAUUUCUUAGUAUUUUGGAUGUUUUUUAAACACGUUUAUUUGUAAGGAUGGUAUACGCAUUAUUACGUAUAUACCUGUAAGAAUGGUCGUUUCCUUAUUUUGAUAUUAUGAUG